UAUAUUCAACCGAGCGGAUCGCUGCCCCAAACUAUUAUACCAGCCAGAGGAAAGCUCUGUUUUCAUUCAGUCAGACUCUGUCUACCGAACAGGACAGUUGUACACGCACAGCGCUCUCUCUCUCUCUCUCUGCAAUAGACAAUCACUCAAGUUCUCCUCUGUGUCGUCUGUUUCGCAUGUUAUAUACCUGUACGUGGAACAGAGAGCAGUUCUACCGUAAAGUGAAACACAUUUCAAUUAAGUAUGCGAAAUUGAAAUUUCUGUUAGCAAAUUGUGGACCAUUUUUUCAAACUAGAAAACCUAUGGCUUGUUGUGUGAAAAUAGUGCGCUAGUUUUCUACCUUGUGGCAAAAGGGACUAUGAAAUUCAUCCGACAAAAGGAAGAAGAAGAAGAAGAAAGAAGACAAAGUGCCAUUUCUUCCGCUAAGUUAAUGAAGGUUGUCUCUUUCUCUCCUCUUUUUUUGUGCGUACACCUACAAGUCUUCUCGCUUCAGCAUCUUUUCAAGUGGAAUUUUCACUGAGAAGGCAGCAAAAUCAAAGGGAGGAGCUUUCCUUGAGAAGAGUCAUCAAUACCAACGUAUACAAUUAAGUGGCCGUGGAAAUAGUUCCCCCCUAUUUCCCUAUUCGCUUGCAAAAAAAAAAAAGUAAUUUUACAAAAGAAAGAAGAAUAAAAAAAAAAAAAAUUCUUGAAGGUGCCGACCGAUGGGUGAGGGAUCCCCCGCUGUGACGAUGGCUACUCACCACCUGAACAUUUCAAAUCGCUAAAGGACACUGCACCACAGCAGAAGAAAGAAAUAUAAUAAAGUGCUGGAACAUCGCUCUCUUUUUUCUGCAAUAAGUUUUCCUAAACGGGGUAUACGAAGAGCGAAGUAUAAAUUGACAUAGACAUCGCCACCUUUUUUUUUCCUUGUGGGCAUCCAUAUUGUCCCCCCUCUCUUUUGAUUUUGAAACGGAAGAAAAAAGAAAAAACAGCUCCUGUGGGACUCUACUAUAUACUGGAUCUCACCUCUUUUUUCGCAUAUUUUAAUUUUUUUUUUUCGUGUCGGGAAAAGAAGAAAUUCUCAAAGAAGCUGGGGCAUCAACAUCAGAAAAGCAAAAAAUCUUAACUGCUGCUGGGAGUUCUUGAACGAAAUAAGAAAAUAAAGAAGAGAGAGAGACGUUCUUAAAAGUCCGGUGUAUAGUAGCCGAUCCUAAAUCUCGCGUGGCUGACGACAACACGACGCCACUCACAGGUUAAUAGGACUGUGUUUCAACCCAAACAACAACAACAACACCAGGUCUAAAAGAAACACACACACAGAAAAAAAGGGAGGCGUGAAUAUUCCGGGAGCUCCAAGUUCGAGAUUCACCUGUGAGGACAUAACGAGCGAAUAAACCAGCAAAAAGACACGAAAGGAAAAUGCCCAGCUCAACAUUGCAACUCAUCCAGGCCAGCGAGCCGAAAUACAUGGGACAGAUAUUGGCGACGCUGGCCGUGUCGUUGGGGCCGUUCGCCGCUGGAUUGGGCAAAGGUUACAGUUCGCCCGCACUGGCAUCGCUGCAAAGUCUCAAUGCCGUUCACCAACAUCAUCACCAACAUCAGCAGAGGGGCCACUGGGGCGGAGGAGGAAACAGUUCGGCACCCAUUCGAGCCAUGGCCGGCGGUGGAUUCAGCGUUUCUAAUCAGGAAGGCUCGUGGAUUGCCAGCUUGUCGCUGCUGGGCGCAUUAUUCGGCGGCCCUUUGGGCGGCGUGGCCAUGCGUUACGGACGCAAACGCACUUUGCUGGCCGUCGCCAUCCCUUUCAGUUUCUUUUGGCUGUUGACCGUCUUCGCCAACAGCGUUGCCAUGAUGUACGUAACAGCAUUCGGAUGCGGCUUCUGUUCGGCCAUCGUCCUGCUCGUCUCGCACGUCUACAUCAGCGAAAUCGCAUCGCCCGAAAUCAGGGGAGGACUGUGCGCCCUGGCCAAAAUGGCCAGUCACGUCGGCUUGCUGGUUAGCUUCAGCCUGGGCGCUUACCUGGACUGGCGGAGGUUAGCCAUGGUCGUAACGGCAGCUCCUUUAACUCUUCUCAUCGCCGCAUUCUACGUGCCGGAAACGCCGAGUUGUUUAUCGUUGCGCGGACGCGAGGACGAAGCGGCCGAAUCGCUGCAAUGGCUGCGCGGCGAAGAGACGGACGUCCGUCAAGAAUGGAACACCAUCCAGGCCAACGUCAGGAAACAAAAAGCGCCGUGUUCUUUAUCUUCAGCGCUUUCGUCGACGUCUUCCGGAGCGGCGGCUGCCGCGGCCGCCGCCGUGGCCGCUGCAACAUCCGACGGCCUCCCGUCUCUAAUCAAAACCGGCACGCCGUUGUGGAAGCAAAAAAGACUUUUACGUCCAGUAUUGACCACUUGCGGCGUGAUGCUGUUCCAUCGCAUGUCCGGCGCCCACGCCUUCAAUUUCUACGCGGUGCCCAUUUUCCGCGCCUCUUUCGCCGGAAUGGAUCCGCACGGAGCCGCCGUCAUCGUGGCUUUCGUCCAGCUUUUAGCGUCAAUCACAUCGGGCCUGCUGGUGGACACGAUCGGACGCCUACCGCUGCUCAUUGCCAGCAACCUGUUCAUGACGCUGGCCCUGGCCGCUUUCGGCACCUUCAUCUACAUGGAAGGCGGAUCUCUGGUGCAUUCCAUCGCAUCCGCCGGCCUUCAGUCCAACGCCAAUUCUCAAUUGGAUUGGAUCCCGUUGGUGUGCGUCCUCAUUUUCACGGUGGCCUUUUCCAUCGGAGUGGGACCGAUCGCGUGGCUGCUCAUCAGCGAACUUUAUCCGCUGGAAUAUCGCGGCGUCGGUGGCGCCAUCACCAGCUGCUUCUCGUACGCGUGCGCCUUCGUCAGCGUCAAGACGUUCGUCGAUUUGGAGUCGGCGUUCGGCCUUCACGGCGCCUUCUGGAUCUACGCCAUCGUUUCGCUACUCGGAUUGGCUUUCGUCCUCGUCUUUGUGCCGGAAACUCGCGGCCGCGGCCUCGAUGAGAUGACCGACUCAACGGCAGAUGCCAACCUCGUUAUCCGUAAGAAUCCUACGUGAUUGUCCGUGUGAUUGUACGUCACGAAAAUCCUUUUUCCUAACUGGAAAUAGAUGUAGCAAAAAAAAAUGAGCGUCCAUCUUUUUGGCUUGAAUUUUAGUUUUUUGUUUGUUUUUUUCAAACAACUCGUGUGCAAUUCAAUUUUUGGAAAUGUUGUGUCAUUUGUAUCGUUUGUUAUCUACGUAUCGGUGUACACAUUUACAUAAAGAGGCAAACCAAACGAAACAUGUUUUUUUUUUUAAAUAAUGGAAAACAAACAACAACAAAAAAAUGAGUUUCACGUUUGUUUUCGAUAGCGGAAUGGCUUUGCAUUGACUUUGGCGGUUGGUUUCAAUGACUAUAAUAAAUCUGAUACUUUGAUGAUUGUAUUUGUACGCCUGUCCUUUCUUGUUCCUUCUCCCCAUUUGCAAAUAUUUAUAUAAUAAAUAACUUGUCUGUUAUGUAUAAAAUAGUUGUUGAAAUUCUGACGCAACCUGUUGUACAUUGUCGACACAAAAGAAAUACAAACAUGGUGAUCGAAAAAAAACAAGAAAAACCAGGAAUUAAUAGAAAAUCUUCCAUGACCGUA